AUGGACGAUAGAGGAGGCUCAUUUGUCGCUGUUCGGAGGAUUUCUCAAGGUCUCGACCGUGGCAACACCUGCCAUUCAACUUCUGCUGAGGUUGUGGCAGGAUCAGCAGCGUGGCUUGGCCGAGGUCUUUCUUGUGUCUGUGCACAGAGAAGAGAGAGUGAUGCUCGUCCUUCCUUUGAUUUAACCCCUGUCCAGGAGGAAUGCCUGCUGAGACUACAGAGCCGGAUAGAUGUUCCCUAUGACAGUUUAGUCCCUGAGCAUCAGGAAGCUUUGAGGGCCUUGUGGAAUGCUGCCUUUCCUGAAGAAGAACUUCGUGGUUUAAUAUCUGAGCAAUGGAAGGAAAUGGGUUGGCAAGGGAAGGAUCCAUCAACAGAUUUUAGGGGUGGUGGUUUUAUAUCAUUGGAGAAUUUGUUGUUCUUUGCUAGGAAUUUCCCGAAAUCUUUCCAGGAUCUUCUUCGAAAGCAAGAAGGUGAUAGGUCCGUGUGGGAAUACCCAUUUGCCGUUGCUGGUGUGAAUAUAACAUUCAUGCUUAUUCAGAUGCUUGAUCUUGAAGCCGUCAAACCACGAACAUUGGUGGGAGCUACUUUCUUGAAGUUUCUUGCAGAAAAUGAAUCAGCGUUUGACCUUAUAUAUUGCAUCACAUUCAAGCUAAUGGACCAUCAAUGGCUUUCUAUGCGUGCAUCAUAUAUGGAUUUCAAUACGGUGAUGAAAUCCACACGCCGGCAGUUGGAAAAAGAGCUUCUGUUUGAAGACAUAACACGGCUGGAAGACUUGCCUUCUUAUGGCCUUCUUUCCCGAUAG